AUGGCAUUCAGACUACCUCUCCGACGGCUGCUGCUGGGCAGCACCGCCUCGCUGCGCAAUCCCGUGGUGAUGCCCGUCAAGCGGGGCAUCACCUCGUCGGCCGUGAGGAAGAGCGAUUCAUUGAACGUGCACCGCGACACGCCGGAAAAUAACCCGAGUAUCCCGUUCAAGUUCAACGAGCAGAACCUGAAGCUCGUCGAUGAGAUCCUCAAGCGCUACCCGCCCCAGUACAGGAAGGCAGCUGUUAUGCCUAUUCUUGAUCUCGGACAGAGGCAGCAUGGGUUUGCGUCUAUCAGUGUGAUGAAUGAGGUGGCGAGGAUAUGUGAGAUGCCGCCCAUGAGGGUUUAUGAAGUCGCAACCUUCUACACCAUGUACAACCGCAACCCCAUGGGAAAAUACCAUAUCCAGGUGUGUACCACCACCCCCUGUAUGCUCUGCAACUCCGACUCCGUCCUCGAAGCAGUCGAGAAGCACCUCGGUAUCAAGCCCGGCCACACCACUGCCGAUGGCGUCUUCACCGUCACCGAGGUGGAGUGUCUCGGCGCCUGUGUCAACGCACCCAUGGUUCAGAUCAACGACGACUACUACGAGGAUCUCACUGCUGAGAGCGUCGUCCAGCUCCUGAACGCUCUGAAGGCUACGGCUGACCAGAUGCCGGCUCAAGCGCACACUUGGGAUAACCCGGCGCCCACCGGGUCAACGAGUGGGUCGGGGACCGGGGCGUUGACGGGUAAGGACAAAGGUGUCAAGUCUGGAUCCGCGCUUGGAACCGCAAAGGGACGGAAAGUCGGCGGAGUUACGGUUCCGCCUGCUGGCCCGAUGAGCGGAAGGGAUACUUGCGAGAACUCGGCGGGGUUGACUAAUUUGACGGGCAAGAAAUGGAGUACUGAGGUUUUCAGGAAGGAUCUGUAA